AGCAGAAAGUUUGCAACCGGAGCGCGCAGGCUCUGCUUUUUUCCCCGCCCGGGCGGCCUGCGACGGUGGCGCAGGAGGUGGGACGCUGGCGGGAAGGCUCGAGGCGCGGGCGCACGCGGAGUGGGGACCUCGGGGACGGACACCGCUCGCAGGAGCCGCGGAGGGUCGGCCAACCUAGAAGUUCCCGGCCAGGAGAGUCCCACGCCAGGGCAGCCCGGGCCUGGGGUUUGAGGUUGCAACCUGCUCCCGCUGCUGCGGUGGUUGCGGAGAAGCAGCUGUAGCAGAGAGCGGCGGCGGGGGGGGGGACUGCAUCUGGACGGCAGUAGCUGCGGGGAGCAGCCGUACCGGACACAGCUGUCCCGUGCGCAGAGACCCAGGGCCGCGCUCCCCUCGCAGAACCGCAGCGCGAUGGCCGGCUGACUGCGGCCAUGCAGGCUUGAGCGGACUCCCGGGACACGCAGGGGACAACCACAGGCACAGGCUGUAGGACUCCGCUGUCGAUUCCCCAGCCCAGCGGACAGCGAAGCUGCUUACCAUGGAGCCCGUGACCAAGUGGAGCCCCAAACAAGUGGUGGACUGGACUAGAGGGUUGGAUGACUGCCUGCAGCCGUAUGUGCACAAGUUUGAGCGGGAGAAGAUAGACGGGGAGCAGUUGCUGAAAAUCUCCCACCAGGAUCUUGAGGAAUUGGGGGUUACGCGGAUCGGCCACCAAGAGCUGGUGUUGGAGGCUGUGGACCUUCUCUGUGCACUGAAUUAUGGCCUUGAAACUGAUAAUAUGAAGAACUUGGUUCUGAAACUGAGGGCCUCUUCCCACAACUUGCAGAACUACAUAAGUAGCCGUCGGAAGAGUCCAGCCUAUGAUGGGAAUACAUCCCGUAAGCCCCCCAAUGAGUUCCUGACUUCUGUGGUGGAGCUCAUUGGUGCUGCCAAGGCCCUGCUGGCUUGGCUGGACCGGGCUCCAUUCACAGGGAUCACAGAUCUCUCUGUGACAAAGAACAAAAUCAUCCAACUGUGCCUGGACCUGACCACGGCAGUCCAGAAGGAUUGCCUCAUAGCAGAAAUGGAAGAUAAAGUUUUAAAUGUGGUCAAGGUUUUAAAUGGCAUCUGUGACAAAACAAUGCGCUCUACUACAGACCCUGUUAUGAGCCAGUGUGCCUGCCUGGAGGAAGUCCACUUACCAAAUGUUAGACCCGGGGAAGGUCUGGGCAUGUACAUCAAGUCAACCUACGACGGACUGCAUGUGAUUACUGGAACCACAGAAAAUUCUCCUGCAGACAGAUCUCAGAAGAUUCAUGCUGGCGAUGAGGUCAUUCAAGUCAAUCGGCAGACAGUGGUCGGGUGGCAGUUGAAAAAUCUGGUGAGAAAGUUGAGAGAGAACCCCACGGGCGUGGUGCUACUGCUGAAGAAGAGGCCCACGGGCUCCUUCAGCUUCACUCCGGCCCCACUGAAGAACCUGCGGUGGAAGCCACCGCUCGUGCAGACUUCACCCCCACCCACCACCACCCAGUCCCCAGAGAGUACCAUGGAUGCCUCCCUGAAGAAGGAGAAGCCAGCCAUCCUGGACCUGUAUAUCCCUCCCCCACCUGCUGUUCCCUACUCUCCCCGGGAUGAGAAUGUGAGUUUCGGCUACGGAGGACACAGUAAGAGUAAGCAGCCGUUGCCUGGACGCAAGGGUUCUGAGUCCCCUAACUCCUUCCUGGACCAGGAGAGCCAAAGACGCAGAUUUACCAUAGCAGAUUCCGAUCAGUUGCCCGGGUAUUCUGUGGGAACCAAUAUUCUGCCCACAAAAAUGAGAGGGAAGACACCAUCCUAUGGCAAACCGCGGCCUCUGUCCAUGCCUGCAGAUGGGAACUGGAUGGGGAUAGUGGACCCUUUUGCUAAACCUCGAGGUAAUGGGAGGAAAGGGGAAGAUGCCCUCUGCCGGUACUUCAGCAAUGAGCGGAUCACACCCAUCACUGAAGAAAGUGCCUCUCCCGUGUACCGGUUCUCUAGACCCCUGACUGAGCGGCACCUGGUGCGAGGCGCAGACUACAUCCGAGGGAGCAGGUGCUACAUCAACUCCGAUCUACACAGCAGUGCCACCAUUCCAUUCCAGGAGGAAGGUUCCAAGAAGAAAUCAGCCUCCUCAUCGGCCAAGGCGUCCUCUGGAGAGCCGUCGCUGCUGGUCAGCUGGCUGACUCGCCUCAAGCUGUUGACUCACUGAGGUGGCUGCUCCAGCAGCUUCCUGCCUGUCUCCUGCUAGCAAGUGCCUUCUCCCUCAGUGGACAGCUUCUUUAGACUCCUUCCACAGUGCUCCAUGGAGACUUUACUUCAUUCCAUUUUUUUUUUUAAGGUUGUAUACUGCUGUCCCUGGAGUGUUCAAGUCAGCCAGAGGGCAUCAAAUCCAGUGGAUCUUAGGUGCCAUCUGUGGAGGCAGAAGGAAGGACUGACAUGACACAGCCUGCCUAGUUCUGCCAUCCCACUGUGGGAACAUGGAGACUAAAGUGUGGUGUUGGUCAGACAACUUAAUAUCAGGAAUUGGCAAAAUUGUUCACUUUUGUUUUCUUGGACAGCGGGGACUAAAAUUGAUGGGUUUUGUCACAUAGAUAUGUUGGUUUGCGGUCCAACUUCUGUAUCUGAAAAAGCCAAAGGAGAAAAACCUUUGUUUUGAUUUUUUUAAAGCAAUAGAGCAUAUUUAUAAGUAUGGCAGCGUCUGCCGCAGAAUGACGUGUGUGUGUGUGAGGCUCUUUGGAGCAGGGCUUUACCUGCAGAUCAGCUGUUACAUGUGCUCAGCGCCCCCUCCACCACCCCACCACCCCCGCCUCCUUUCAGUAACAGCCUCCAUGUAGGUGAGCCAAUACACAAACUCACGAGCACGCUCUGAUGGACCUUAGCAUGUGCAAAGAAGCGUGUGCUUUUUCUGAGACGUGUUGCAGUUAUGUGUGGGAAAGGAGCUAUAAGGUUUGCUGACACCCAAAGUGUAUUUUUCAGGAAGCAGAAACAACCAGAGUUAGAGUUAUGAGGCAUUGGUCAGUUUGCAGUGUUGGCCUAUUUGAUUCCUGUGUUCUAGGGGGUAAAAAAAAGCCUCCAGUCCUUCCCAGGUGUACACAUUUUUGCUAAUUAGAAAUAUCUUGGGGGCCGGGCGUGGUGGCGCACGCCUUUAAUCCCAGCACUCGGGAGGCAGAGGCAG